AUGGCUCAUUGGAAUGUGGACAUCAAGGCACGUCGAGAAACACAUGAGGUCGUGUCCAGAUUAGGGUAUUCUCCUGGUAACAUUCACGCCGAACGACAAUUCCAGAUUGUCUCGAUGGACUUCGUAAUUCCACUGCCGAAGUCUCGGUGGGGCAACACUGCGUUGCCGCUAUUCCAGUGUGCUUUCACUGGAUUCGUCAUUGCUAAACCGAUGUCGGACAGUACAGCAUUCAAAGUCGCACAAGUAUUUGUAGAGUUCAUUUACCGAAGGUUUGGAGCACCGUCAUUAAUAAGGCAUGAUAGGGAUCCCCGCUUUAUGAGCGAAGUAUUCCAAGCGUUUGCCGAGAUGAUGCAGUCAAGAUCGAGAGCAACUAUGGGUUAUCGGUCACAAGCCAACGAGCAGCAAGAAAGAUCAGUUAAGACGGAAAUGCAGUCAAGACCCACUUCAGCAAGACUGGGACGAGAUUGCAGAGCAUCUAGUUUUCGCCAUCAACAACUCAAUAGACACUACCAGAAAAGAAACACAUUUCUACUUAGUUCACGGAUGGGAUGCCAGCUCGAAAAUGAGGCGAUGACGACGUCUCUUCGACACGGAACUCCGAAACAGUCCGAAGCCUUAACGUGGCGUCGAGAAGUCAACCGACAACAGGAAGUUGCGUGA